CUCCUUAAUUUGGGUGUUGUGGUUGUAAAAAGGGGAGAAUUUUUGGAACUCCAAUUCACCCCCCCUCUUGGAGUACAUUGAGUCAACAAUUGGUAUCAGAGAAAGGGCUCCAAUUUGAAGGUUUAACCACCUAAGAGUUGAUCAAGGAUGGCUCAAUUUCAAGCUUCUCAACCACUUGGAGGUUUGUCUACCACUAAGCCUCCUUUCUUUGAUGGUACUAAUUAUAAUUAUUGGAAGAAUAGGAUGAAGGUCUUCAUGGUUGCAAAUGUGCCCAAGGCAUGGAUUGUAACUAUGAAAGGUCCAUAUGUGCCUAUGAAAGUAGUUGGGGAAAGUGAGAUGCCAAAGGAAGAAGUUGAAUGGAAUGAUGAAGACUUGGUGAAGAUCAUGAUCAACAACCAAGUAAUCAAUAUGCUUCAAUGUGUUCUCAAUCCAACAGAAUUCCAUAGAGUAUCUGGAUGUCAUACGGCCAAGGAGAUGUGGGACAUGUUGGAGGUAACAUAUGAAGGAACAAGCCAAGUGAAGGAGUCAAAAAUCAAUAGACUCAUUUACAUGUAUGAGCUUUUCAAGAUGAAACCGAAGGAGAGCAUUCAAGAUAUGUAUACAAGAUUGAAUGAUAUAGUCACCAAUCUCAAGGCUCUUGGUAAAGUCUAUCCUUCUCAAGAAGUAGUGAGAAAGGUUCUUAGAAGCUUGCCCAAGAAUUGGGAAGCCAAGAAGAUCGCAAUUGAAGAGUCUAAGGAUCUCAGCACCCUCAAGAUUGAAGAUCUCAUUGGAAAAUUGAUGACAUAUGAGAUAGAAGUUCAAGUUGAUGGUGGAGUUGAAGUAGUUGAGAAGAAGAAGAAGAAUGUUACUUUCAAGGCUAGCAACCAAAAGGAAGAGAGUGAAGAUGAUGCUAAAGGGCUAGAAGUAAAAGGAAACAAGUGGGUAAUUCUAACACCGGUGGUCAAGCUCAAGAAGAAGUUUUCACCAAGGAAUAUUUGUGCUGUAUUAGCUAUACCUGAAGGAGGAGAUGAUGAGUUUCAAGAUGUGAAUCAUGCCUUAGUUAGAGCAAGAAUUGCCCCUAAUUGCACUGAAAAUCAAAUUAAAGUGGGGUCCCUCUUACCAGAAAAUAGGGCACUACAGUGGAUUAUAUCUCACAUUAUAGCUCAGAGAAAGGGGUCAAAAUCUUUUGUACUUGUUAGUGAUCUUCCCUGGUUCGACUAUCUUUUUAACGGAAAAAGGGUGAAUCUUGGAAGAUUCAUUUUCUGGAGCUUAAUCAAGAAUUACUCCUCGAAUAUAGGUCUUCCGCAUGGUGCAUUGAUCACUAGGCUAGUAAAGAGGAACAACAUUGAUCUUGAACCUUUUAAGCAUGGGAGAAUUAAAGCUGGGACCAUUCUCACUAAAGCAUCUUUUGAAAAAAUGCAAGUUGUGUUUCGGAAUGGUAGUUGGAUGAAGAAAGGGGAUCAAGCAAUGGAACAGCAAGCUGAUGAAGAAGAAGAGAGCCGACUUAAGAAUAUUAUAGCCAGCUCUGGGAAGCAAAAGUGCAGAGAGUCGGCUGCAGAUUUUGUUGAGUUGGCUCUACGGGCCAGAAAUUCAAUUGCUGUGUUGGCGCGCGCGGAAAAUGGAAGCAGAGCUGGCUCCAACUUUAUAGCCGGCUAUGAGGGCGCAUUUAAUACACAACGAUCGACUCUUUUGAAGAAUAUUUAAUGUAUUUAAAGUUGGAGUUCCAAAGCCGGCUCUCGAGAAAAACAGAAUGUGCAGGAAUCUUGCAAAGUCGGCUGCAGAAAUGGUGAGCCGGCUGUACAGAGCCGACUCUAGGAAGUUAAGCCGGCUCUCCUGACAAUCCUGCAACUCGAGCUUUGCGUCUUGCAGAGCAUUUAAUGACCCCUAACGGCUAGAAAUGGUUAUUUUCAAGCAAGGAGCUAUAAAUAUGGUUGGUACCAGAUCUGAAGAAGUUAAGAGAGCAUUGUAUUGAAUAUCUUUACCUACCAACUUGUGCUUUAACUUGAGAUUUUGAUCUUUGAGAGAUCUUUAUUGUAAUCCUCUUCUUGUUCUAUUUGUGAGUAAUCUUGAGGGUGUGACUAGUCCUUCAAGAGUGAUUUGUAGAGAGGAUUGUUUGGGUUUAUCUUAUAAAGGGGUGAGAUUUGAGAGAAACACCCUUAUUCUUGUAAAAGGAUUGAGUGGCUCUUUUAAACCACCCUUGUUGUUGUUAGUGGAGAGUGUGAAGGAAAUCCUUGGUGAGUGAAGCGAAGGUAGAGGACUAGGCUCCAAGUUGUUGGACCGAACCUCUAUAAAUCAUUGAGCAAGCU